AUUUGACAUCUGACAGCUUUUCGACAUCUGGGGUUAGAAUUUGAUUUAAUUUUGGGUCUACUUUUAAAUAACGUUAAAACAACAAUAUGUCUUCGAAAAACACACAUUUCACCGAAGAAGAUUUAGAAAAGUUUGACUGGUUAACUUUGAGAAAAGACAUGGAUGCUGCCCUUCCUAUAGAAACAUUUACUGAGAAAUUUAUAAGAAAGUUUAAGGAGAACCCAUUCGUUCCCAUUGGAUGUGCUGCAACCACAAUAGCUCUCAGUUAUGGUGUAUGGUGUCUCGGAACUGGCAAGAGAAAGAUGUCACAGUAUAUGAUGCGAACAAGAGUUGUUGCUCAAGGCUUCACCAUACUGGCUAUGGUGGCUGGUGUCACUAUGACUGCACAGAAAAACUUCAAAAUUUAAUUCAGUUUAGACAUUGUAUGUAGCCACUGUAUAUAAUUUUAGAAAGGUUGAUAUUAUUUAGUUCCAAUAUUACAAUAGAUAUAUUAUCCCUUCCAUUGGUGCACAUAACAACCGCGUUUUAUUGAAUUAUCAAGUUCUUAUCCUUACUGAAGCAUGUAUGAGAGAUCAAAAGGACAAUUUUAAGCU